AUGAUUCGGGAUUGUGGCUUUUUGGAGUUUCCUUUUAUUGGUGAUUGUUUGUCUUGGAGGGGUUGGCGGGAUAAAAAACCUAUACGCUGUCGGUUAGACAGAGCCUUAGGGAAUGAGGAUUGGCAUGAUUUGUUCCCGGAUACGGUGACGGAGUAUUUACCAAUGAUAGCCUCUGAUCAUAAGCCUAUAGUGGUUAAUAUUGGGGCUAAAAGGUCGCGGGGGAAGAGGAGUUAUAUGUUUGACUGCCGCUGGAUUGGUAAGGCGGGGCUGAUGGAUGUGAUAGCAUCGGGGUGGGAUAGGGAUUUGGAUCAGGACUCAGAUAACUUCGUGCAAAAAGUUGUGAAUUGUCGGAAGGCGAUUUCUCAGUGGCGUAAAUCACAAGUCCCAUACGGUAGGGAAACCAUUGAGGACUUAAAGCGGGAGUUGGAGGUGGCUCUGGCAGAUGACUCAAUUCCUCCUUCUACAAUCUCGGAAUUGCAGAAUCGUUUACGUCAAGCGUAUGGGGAUGAAGAGAUUUACUGGUAUCAAAAGAGUCGGAGUAAAUGGAUGAAAUUGGGGGAUAAGAAUUCCAAAUAUUUCCAUGCCUUAACAAAGCAGAGACGGGCUCGUAAUUGGAUUACAGGUUUGUUUAAUAGGGACGACAUCUGGUCCACUGAGGAUGUUGAUAUAUCUCACACGGCAGUCUCAUAUUUUGAAGAUUUGUUCACUUUAACAAAUCCAGAAAAUUUUGAGGAGGUCCUAAGGGAGGUCAAUAUGGUGAUUACUGCCGAGGAUAAUGAGCGGCUCACAGGACCCGCUACGGAGGCUGAGGUCAAAUCUGCUUUAUUUACGAUGCAUCCGGAUAAAGCCCCAGGNGUUCACUUUAACAAAUCCAGAAAAUUUUGA